AUGUUCUCCUUUCAUAUCUCUAAGCAGAGACUUGCCUGCUACUCGUAUGCCAUGGUGGCAACGCUUUGCAUGUUCAUCAACGGAUAUGAUGCUUCUGUCUUCAAUAACAUCAUGAACUGGACAACAUGGAACGAAAAGUUUAACAACCCUCCCAACAACAACCUCAUUGGUGCUGUCAACUCAUCUACUAUGGUUUCCACCAUUGUCUUUGGAUUUUUUGCUUCGCCCUUUAUCAGUGAUAGAUUCGGUCGUCGCAUGUCGAUUUUUAUCGGUUGUUUCAUCAUCGUCAUUGCUGCCAUUAUUGAACUUGUUGCUCCUAAUAUUGGAGGAUUCAUUGGUGGUAGAGUUGUCAUUGGUAUGGGAGCUGGUAUCUCUAUGGCUGCUGGUCCCACCUACAUGAGUGAAAUUACUCCUCAGGAUAUUCGUGGUCGCAUGCUUUCUUUCUGGCAAAUCGCUUAUUCUGUCGGUGCCUUGGUCUGCACCUACAUUGCCCUUGGCACAUCUUAUUAUCCUAACCUUGGUCAGUGGCAAUGGGGUGUUCCUGUCUUGCUUCAGUGCGCCGCUCCCGUCAUUUGCUGCUGCCUUAUCUUCUUCUGCCCUGAAUCUCCCAGAUGGUUGAUUCAGAAAGGUCGAGAUGAAGAUGCCAGAACAGCCCUUCUCCGCAUACGUGAACCCCAAGAAGUCGAAUCUGAAUUGCAUGGUAUUAAGGACGCUAUCAGAUGGGAACAGGAAAACACCACUCAGUCAUUCAGAGAUUUGUUCGUUACUCCCUCCAUGAGACGUCGUCUCCUUGUCGGUCUUGUCAUCAACUUUGGUCAACAAGUUACUGGUCAAGCUAUGAUGACCCAAUAUUCUUCCAGAGUCUAUACCAAGAUUUUCACCGAUCAAUCUACCAUCACCUUGAUCAACGCACUCAACUACACCUUUGGUAUCCUAUUCACCCUCCCCGCCACUUUCCUCUCUGAUCGAUUGGGUCGUCGUGCUCUCUUCAUCAUCGGUGGUAUCGGACAAGCUGUUAUGCUUAUCAUUGCCGCUACCGUUAUGCUUACUGUACCUCAACCCGAUGGUCAUCCCUCGACCGCUGUCGGUGCUGGUGUCGUACUUGUCAUGUUCCUGUUCACUGCAUCCUAUAAGCCAACUUGGGGUGCCACCGUUUGGAUUUACACCUCCGAAAUGUUCCCAAUGAACGUCAGAGCUGUUGCCGUUGCUGUUUGCUCAAACACCCAAAAUGUCGCUGGCGCCAUUUUGGCUCAAGCUUUCCCUCCUAUGUUCGCUAGUAUGGGCUUCAAGGCUUUCUAUGUCUGGGUUGGUUGCAACGUUUGUUUGGUCACCUUUGUAUACUUCAUGUGUCCUGAAACCAAGGGAUUGGCUUUGGAAGACAUUGAUGUUAUCUUUGGUGCCACUGCCCACGAUAUCGAAAGCACUUCUUAUGAGAACGAAAAGCCUGCCAGUAUCAAGGUUGACGAGAGCGGCGAGAAAACAAAGUUCUAA